AUGGGCCAAAAUGGGACCAGACCCAACAUUGUGAUGGUGAUGAGUGAUGCAUUUGAUGGACGACUGACCUUUGAUCCUGGCAGCAAAGUUGUGCACCUGCCGUAUGUGAACUACCUCAGGGAGCUUGGUGCUACAUUCCUCAAUGCUUACACCAACUCACCCAUCUGCUGCCCCUCACGAGCAGCAAUGUGGAGCGGUCAGUUUGUUCACCUCACUCAGUCGUGGAACAACUACAAGUGCCUCGAUGCUAACGCAACAACAUGGAUGGAUUUGCUGGAGGCGAACGGAUAUCUUACUAAGAUGAUGGGCAAGCUGGACUCCACCUCAGGGAGUCACUCUGUCAGUAAUCGAGUAGAGGCCUGGACGCGAGAUGUUCACAUCCUCCUGCGCAAAGAGGGCCGACCUGUUACGCAACUCGUCUGGAACAUGUCAACGGUAAAGAUCAUGAGAAAAGACUGGGAAAACACGGACAGGGCGGCACAGUGGAUCCACCAGAGAGCUGUAUCCUCACACCAGCCCUUCGCUCUUUACCUUGGCCUCAACUUACCUCACCCCUACAGAACUGAAUCCCUGGGGCCCACCGCUGGAGGAUCCACCUUCCUUACCUCCCCAUACUGGCUGGAAAAGGCAUGCUCUCUUAUUUUCACCAUUCCUAAAUGGCUGCCUAUGGCUGCCAUGCACCCUGUUGACUACUACUCCACCUUCACCAAAAACUGCAGCGGAGCUUUCACUGAGUAGGAAGUCAGAAGCAUAAGGGCCUUCUAUUAUGCCAUGUGCGCUGAAGCUGAUGCCAUGCUAGGCCAGGUGAUUUCAGCUCUGAGAGAGACCGGCCUGCUUAACAACAAUGUUGUGAUAUUCACAGCUGACCACGGAGAGCUCGCCAUGGAGCACCGGCAGUUCUACAAGAUGUCAAUGUUUGAAGGCAGCUCCCACGUUCCCCUGCUCAUCAUGGGACCUGGACUGAUGUCUGGCCUGCAGGUCGACCAGCUCGUGUCUUUGGUUGAUCUCUAUCCCACUGUGCUGGACAUUGCUGGUAUUUCACCAGUAGGUAUUCUCAGUGGCCACUCGCUCCUCCCUCUGCUGUCCAAGGAGCAGCAUCCAGACUGGGUCCUGAGUGAAUAUCAUGGCUGUAAUGUCAAUGCCUCUACAUACAUGCUUAGAAGUGGCCGGUGGAAAUAUAUUGCCUAUGCAGAUGGUAUGAGUGUGCCCCCGCAGCUUUUUGAUGUAACACUGGACAGGGAAGAACUUCAUAAUGUAGUCCUCAAAUUCCCAGAUGUGUGGGCGCAUCUGGACAAGCUAUUGCGUAGCAUUGUAGACUAUCCAAAAGUCUCUACAACUGUCCAUCUCUACAAUAAAAAAGCAUUUGGUGCCUGGCGCCACAGUUUGGGGAGGAACUACAGCCAGGUCAUUGCUAACCUCAGAUGGCAUGUGGACUGGCAAAAAGAUGCGUUAGCCAAUGAGAGAGCUGUUGACAAGUGGCUCAAUGGCUCUUUGUAA